CAAUAAUAGAGCCGAAGGAGGAGAAGGAGAAGGAGAGCAGCUCGAGACCAAACAAAUGCGAAAUCUGACCGCUCGGGCCAAACGCGGAUUUACACGCAGCACAUUUUAUAGGAAUGGCAUGUCUCAUGGCAGCCUUUUCAUUCAACAACACCACAGUUACCAACUCCAUCAUAAUGAAUACAAAUGGACCUCCUGAUCUCAUGCUUGACCCCAGAACCGUGUGUGUUUCCAUUGAUGAAAUGAUGUCCAACCAUGUCAGCAGUCAACAAACACCACUGUUACAUGCACACCUGAAAAAAGUGGAGAACAAUCUGACCGAGGCGCAGAGGUUCUCAUACCUGCCUCGCAGACCCGCAGUCAACAUCGAAUUCAAAGACCUCUCGUAUUCCGUUCCUGAAGGACCAUGGUGGAGGAAAAAAGGUUACAAGACCCUUCUGAAAGGGAUCUCUGGGAACUUCACCGGUGGAGCUUUGGUGGCCAUCAUGGGACCCUCUGGGGCUGGGAAAUCUACACUAAUGAACAUUCUAGCAGGUUACAGGGAAACCGGCAUGAAGGGGGAGAUCCUGAUUAACGGGCAUCCAAGAGAUCUGCGCUCUUUCAGGAAAGUGUCCUGCUACAUCAUGCAGGAUGACAUGCUCCUCCCGCACCUCACUGUGCAGGAAGCCAUGAUGGUAUCAGCUAAUCUCAAACUCCAGGAAAAGGAUGAAGGCAGACGUGAAAUGGUUCGGGAAAUCUUGACGGCUCUUGGCUUAUUGGAAUGUGCCAAAACACGCACAUCGCACCUCUCUGGAGGCCAGAGGAAGCGUUUGGCCAUCGCCCUGGAGCUGGUCAACAACCCGCCUGUCAUGUUCUUUGAUGAGCCCACCAGUGGCCUGGACUCGUCCUCCUGCUUUCAGGUGGUGUCUCUGAUGAAGGCUCUCGCUCAGGGUGGAAGAACCGUCAUCUGCACAAUACACCAGCCCAGCGCUAAAGUCUUCGAGCUCUUCGACAAGCUUUAUGUCCUCAGUCAAGGCCAGUGUAUUUACAGAGGAAAAGUGUCAAGUUUAAUCCCGUAUCUGCGAGAUCUGGGACUCAGCUGUCCCACAUAUCACAACCCUGCAGACUUCAUAAUGGAGGUGGCGUCUGGUGAAUACGGUGAUCAGACAGCUCGUCUGGUGAAAGCUGUGCAGGAGCACAAGUGCGAGAAAGACUACAAAACUGAAAUGAAUGGCAACGGAGUCCACAAUCCAUUCCUGUGGCAUAGACCAUCCGAUGAGGACUCUUCAUCUUCAGAGGGAUGCCACAGCUUCUCUGCCAGCUGUUUGACGCAGUUCUGCAUCCUCUUCAAGAGAACUUUCCUCAGCAUCAUGAGAGAUUCGGUGUUGACUCACUUGCGGAUCAUGUCUCAUCUUGGCAUCGGGAUUCUGAUCGGGCUUUUGUAUCUGGGCAUCGGCAACGAGGCCAAGAAAGUCCUCAGCAACUCCGGCUUCCUGUUCUUUUCCAUGCUGUUCCUCAUGUUUGCAGCUUUGAUGCCCACCGUUCUCACCUUUCCACUUGAGAUGGGUGUGUUUUUGAGAGAGCAUCUAAAUUACUGGUACAGUCUGAAGGCUUACUACUUAGCCAAAACAAUGGCGGACGUCCCGUUUCAGAUUGUGUUUCCAGUGGCGUACUGCAGUAUAGUGUACUGGAUGACAUCACAGCCUUCAGACGCGGUUCGCUUCAUUCUUUUCCUGGCUUUAGGGACGCUCACGUCACUGGUUGCACAGUCACUUGGGCUACUUAUCGGAGCAGCAUCCACAUCUUUACAGGUGGCAACUUUUGUGGGUCCUGUUACAGCCAUCCCGGUGCUGCUGUUUUCAGGCUUUUUUGUCAGUUUUGACACCAUCCCAAAAUACCUCCAAUGGAUAUCGUACAUAUCUUAUGUCAGGUAUGGUUUUGAAGGGGUAAUUCUGUCCAUCUACGGGCUGGACCGUGAGGACCUGCACUGCGACAAAGACGAAACCUGCCACUUUCAGAAGUCUGAAGCCAUUCUGAAGGAGCUGGACGUUGAGGACGCAAAGCUCUACAUGGACUUCAUUGUCCUGGGCAUCUUCUUUAUUUCACUCCGUCUGAUCGCCUACUUCGUCCUCCGAUACAAGAUCAGUGCUGAGAGGUAGACACUUGAAGGAUGUGAUGGAGAAAGAGUACUGCUGAGACUUUCUUGCCCAGGCAGGGCCAGGCUGAGGAAGCCAAAGCAAAGAGGGUUCGUCCCUCCAAAACAACCAUCGCCAUGUUUUCCCUCACAGGACCAAAACCUGGGCUGAACUUGAAGUCACAGUAUGUAGCUGCCCAGCUUUUAUGCGUGCUUUUUUAAAGAAACAAAGAGCGUAGAACGCAACCAAACAUCUGCAUGGAUAGAUUAAGAAACAUGGGGGGCACUCCGAUGAAACUCAUAGACGCUGAUGGUGAGACAUAUUCACUGGAGAAGUUCUGACUUUGGAUAAAUAAAGGUAAUGUGCUAGUCUCUGUAAUCCUUUUGGAGAGCUGGAAACUUUUGUCUUUCGCCCUUGUGAAAAAGAAGUGUGCUUAUCUGUGUUAAAUGUGCUCUUUUUGUAUAGUUUUAUACUUGUAGCUAAUAUUAUUUUAAUAACGAUAAAGCCCACACUUUAAGGUGUACAUGACUGCAUCUCUUGGAACACUCCAGUUUAUUUUGGAAAUAUGAUUAUUUUACAACUCCUCUAGAGUUAGACAGUUGAGUUUGACUAUUUUUGAAUCCAUCCAGCCGAUUUCUAGACACUUUUAGCUUAGCUAAGCAUAAAUCACAAAAUCAGAUUAGACCGUUAGCCUCUUGCUUAAAAAUGAUUUUUUUUGAUCAUUUAUGGUAUGUAGUAUGGCAAUAAAUGUCAUGUAAAAUGGCAUUUAAACUCACGUUAUUAGCAUUUAACCCUGAAUAAAGCACAUGAGGUGUACCUGAGGUGAUCAAUAUCAGUUUGUCCUGUUGUUUAGCUGCAAGAAAUAAAAGCUAUUUCUAAAAUAAAAUAAAUAAAACAUCAAGUGUUGGUUAGGACAAAAGAUCAGCUUUAAUGUAAAAAAUAUUCCUUCUAUCGCGUGCCGUUGCUUUUAUUUAGAAUAUGACUGAUAGUCAGGCACACUACCGUCAGUGUCCUCAAUCUUGCAACCUGCACUUGUGUGUGUUUUGAACCAACAGUGCAAUACCUACUUCAACCACUGGGUGUCAAACUUACAUACUGCAUCUUAAUUUUUAGAUAGUUGGACUAAAAACAAGACAAAAUCUGUUUCUAAAAGUAAAAAAAA